ACACGCCGCUGACGUAAAGCGGGGCGGUCCGGAAGGAGGCCCUGUUAACUCAGGGCGGGCCGCCUCCGUCGUUGAGUGUUUCCCGCGCGGAAAAGGGAUGCCGAAGCGCUCCUGCCCGUUCGGGGACUCGGCCCCGCUGCAGCUGAAAACCCGCGUGCGGAUGCGGGAGUUGAGCCAGGGCGUCAUGGGCGAGCGGUACCGGCGAGAGAUCUUCGAAAAAACUAAACAGCUGCUUUUCCGAGGAGCCCAAGCAUGCAUGGAUAGUAAGUGGGAUGGAACCGUGGCAGAAGCCUGUCUGAUUGCACAGUGUCCAGCCCCACUGGCCAGCAGACCGGAAUCUUAUUCCCAGAAUUCCUGCAGCGGACAGAUGUUAAUAGGGCAGGACGGCAAACUUCGACAGCCCCGCCCAAGAGAAACAGAAUCUUAUUUCCACACAGCAACGGCUGCAAGAGUUUCCAAGCCCUGCUCAUCGUGUGUGAGAACAGUUGACGCCAAGGAGGCUUGCACGCAGUGCGAUCGGCCCAUCUGCGAGAACUGCAGCAGGCUCUGCAGCUGCUGUAAUGCUGUUGCGUGUUCCUUGUGUUCACUGAUCGAGUCAGAUGACGUUGAUGAGCGAAUCCUUUGCAGUGGCUGCUCAACGUUUAACGCUUGAAGCUCCAGGAAUUGUAAAGAAGUGUGUGUGUGUGUGUACAUGACAGCGUGUGUGUUUUUAAAAGGUGGACAAUUUUAACUUAGUAUAUGAUGUCUGAGUAUCCUUCUCCUAAAAUAUUGUACUGUAUAGUUCUACAAUUGUGGUUUUCAUCCAAUAAAGCAUUUUCUAUUUUGA